GAGGCCUCCUAUUAGUUUGGUCGGAAUAAUUUCGGAACAAUAGACAGUAGGGAUCUUUGAUGGAUAUCGCACUCCAUUGAGGGCGGUAUUAUUUUAUUAUGAUUGAGCUGAUUUUGACUCCAGAAGAACACAUGAAAGCAUUUAAGGAAGAAUAGGUGAUUACCAAAUUUGGUGAUGACCAAUGAAGCAGGAAGACAGCUGACAAAUGAAGCUGAAGAACUAGUUUUGAAACAAUUAAAAAAAUCUUUUAAGAUUGUCAAGAUACAGGGAGCGCAAUGGAAAGAAACCAAUGAUAAAUGUAAUCCCUUAAUUCAAUCGCUGCUUAACUUAGCUGAGCAACAUUCAUGCUGUCAGAAAGCGUGCCAAGCAGGCAGUAACCCUGUGGUUCAACGGUUCCCAGACUUACCAGGCAAGCUCAAUUCUUCAUUACUGCAUUCCAUGGAACUGGUGAUGAUGCAACUCAGAGAAAACAUGCACAGUCUGCAAGAAGCACAAAAGAAGGUAAGUAGGCAGUACAACAACAGCAUGGAAGUGUACAACAGACAUCAGACUAUCCUAGGCCUAGACAGAGUGCUUCGCAGAUCGCCGACUUGCCCGGCAAUUUCAGAUAUGCUUGAGUGGCUAGCAGAUCUGGCAAAAAUUUUUGCCCAACAAUUAGCUUUAAGAAACAUACACCUGGAUAAAAUUAGAUAUGAAGAUGAGGAUGCUAUUAAGAGCUUGCUGGCUCAAUUUAAGGAUGAAACAAUUACAAAUUAUUUACAAGGUAACAUUUUAAAGAUGGGAUUCUUCCUGGAAGGUGAAUGAAGCAAAGAACAUAGAAUGGCAAGAGGUCCGACUGACAGGGGGUUUACUUGAAACAAAAUCCUAUCUUGAAAAGUACUACCAUGAUCUAGAGGGCGUCCUUUAAGAAGAAAGAUACACAGUACGUGUGAAAGUUAUUCUUAUCGGACAUGUGCUGCUUAUAGAAUGCCUGUUGAGAUGAACUCUCACUAAUAAACACAAUUGGCGACUGGAGUCACAUGACCAGUAGUCCAGUUUUAAACAGAAACAGCAAGCGACAGUGUAGAAAAAUGCAUGGCUGCUUGGAAGCACCUUAAAUACCAUACUAGAACAUUUAUUAUUGAUUGUACAAACAUGAAUAGAGAAGUUGAUGUAAUUGAGGGAAAUUGCAUUAUACACAGUUGCAUCUUAGAAAAGGAAGAUAAAAUCAAAAUUAAAGUCGUUUUAUGGUUAGAAGAUAUUGCAUGAAAUACAAGCGUGCAUUAGAAAUUAAAGGAAGAAUAACUACAUACGCACACAUACAUAUAUAUGCAGUAUAUCUACUAUCAAUACUUAUACAUUUUUAAUGUUGUGGGAAUCACACUGCGAUAUUAGCUUUUAUAUUUAUAAAUGUACUGUACAUGCAUGGGUCAGUCCAUCAUGGCUGGCUAUUGUUUCUCGAUAUAUACAUAUACUAAAGAGAUGAUUUAAUUUAGGGAAGAAAAGGUCAAAGGACAAGGUCAAGGUCGCAUAUUGUUUGAUGAGGCACAGGGCUGGGAGGUGUGUGGCACUCUAUAGAGUGACUGCUUUAUUUAUCAGUGAAGAACAAUAAUGUUCGGCCUAUAGAGUACCACAGUCGUGUCGUCACAACACCAGGUGUCGCCCUCUAGACGUUGAUUACCGUUCGUUACACCUGAAUGACUUCAUAAUCUUAAUGGUUUAGAAUAGGCUUUCUGGAAUAGGCAUUUUAAAACCUAAUAAUUUACCAUCAAAAUGUACUAAAACAUAAAUGAUAUGGUCCUUGCUGAAUGUUGAUAUUCAUCAAGAUAGGUUGCAUAUGAUCGUAAAUAAAUUUGAUGGAGUAGAUAUUUGAAAAAUUUUUUUAUUGAACAAAUAAAUCUGAAGUUAUCUACGAAUUUUCAUCUCAGUUGUUUUCAAUGAAUAGUGAUAAUUUUUCCAGGCGUUCCACACGGCUCCAGUAGCGUACUGGUCAGUGACAUCUGUCAAGUACAACCCGUACAAGUUUGACGAAUGACAGGCGGUGUACCACCACGCUCCUUUGUAAAUCCCAGCGCACAUCUUGUCCAAGACUGCAUCAUUAUCUUCGUCAUGUUGAAAAUUGCGAUGCACACCAAGAGAAUCACCAUGGACAUAUCGGAAGAAAAAAAUGGCUUAAUAUAUACGCUGAUAAUAUACGGUACUGUCAUUUAUAAGUACAGUAUGUCUCUUAUUACAGUUCAUUUUGCUUUAUUUAUAUUUUUAUGCCAAAAGAACAUUCAUUUAGUAGAUAUUGGACCAUAGACUGGGUUCCAGUCCCUAAUCUUUGUCUUAAUCAGUUGAAAUGCUUAAGAAUAAAUCGAUUUUGGCACAAA